AAUUAGGCUCAAAGUAAGGUAGCUUGUUUACCCUGGCAGGCUGAAACUUAUGAGUUAUGAACGUCUGUGUCGACUUGUUUUUUAGCUUCUACAGAAAGCAGAAGCAAUCUCAUCCAGCUCCACUAUGUCUCAAUUUAUCAGGUUCAUUCUCUUCAAUUUGCGCAGUCUUUUACACAGUAGAUUUGUUGAAUUUCAUUGAUUCAAAAAAGCUUUCAAAUUUUUUUUUUGGUUAGUUUAUGGCCUCUCAAUUACUUCUUGGCUCUUCACUACUCCCCUCUUUCCGUUCCAUAAACCUCAAACCCAGAACCCAAAAUCCUUCAAAAAUCUUCUGCAUUUCAUGCCAGCAGGAAACACCUCAAAAUCUUGAUAAUGAUGAUAAAAUCAACAAAACCCAGUUGGAUUUUCUCGCUAUACCCAUAACCCUAUUUGUAGUCUCAACCUCGCUCCCCCAACCGGCCCUUGCCGCUGUGAAAACAGAGAAAAAGAGGGCACAGAAAAAAUCCCAAGAAGCCUUAACGCCAGAGCAGCUUAAAUCGUGGUCUCAAAACCUCCCAAUUGUGUCAAACCGUAUUCCUUACUCUGACAUAUUGAGCUUAAAAGAGGAGGGUAGGCUUAAGCACGUCGUUAAACCCCCUGGUGCGUGUUUAAGAGAGAGGGCGGAGGCUGUUUUAGUAGUUGUGGAUGAUGACAAAAAAGUUCUAAGGACUGUAUUGCCAUCUAUUGAGAGUGAUAAGAGGUUUUGGGAUUUGUGGGAUGGGUCAAAAAUUGACGCAAUUUGUGUCAAUGCUUAUACGCCUCCACUUAAGAGGCCGGAGGUGCCAAAGCCUUAUCUGGGAUUUUUGUGGAAAGUGCCAGAGUUUAUGUUAUCAUGGUUUAAGCCUAAGAAGGAGUCGAAGCGAGUGCUAGAGAUCAGGAAAAUGCGAGAAGAUUUUAAGAGGGAAAGAAAGGAGGAAUUGGAGAAAAUGAGGAAAGAGAGGGAAAUGAUGGAGAAAGCUUUUAAGUUUCAAAAGAAACAAGAGGAGAGGAGAAUAAAGAGGGAGAUGAGAAGGAGGAAGUCUGAGGAGUCGCUGAGUAAUGCCCAGAGGAAUUAUACACGCAUGGGGAACAUGUGGGCAGAUAUGGCUCAGGAUUCAACAGUUGUAACGGCAUUAGGAUUAGCUUUUUUUGUGAUUUUUUACCGGACGGUGGUGCUUAGUUAUAGGAAGCAAAAGAAGGACUAUGAGGACAGACUGAAGAUUGAGAAGGCAGAGGCAGAGGAGAGGAAGAAGAUGAGAGAGCUGGAGGGUGAUAUGCUAGGGCUUGAGGAUGAAGAGGAUGAGAGUGAGCAAGAGAAAGGUGAGAAGAACCCUUAUAUGAAGAUGGCUAUGCAGUUCAUGAAGUCAGGGGCACGCGUUAGACGUGCACGUAAUAAGAGGCUCCCUCAGUAUUUGGAGAGGGGUGUGGAUGUGAAGUUCUCUGAUGUGGCAGGGCUGGGUAAAAUACGGCUUGAGCUAGAGGAAAUUGUUAAGUUUUUCACUCAUGGAGAGAUGUACCGCAGGCGGGGAGUAAGAAUACCAGGUGGCAUACUCCUUUGUGGGCCCCCUGGUGUUGGGAAGACUUUACUAGCAAAAGCUGUCGCUGGUGAGGCAGGUGUAAACUUCUUCUCCAUUUCUGCCUCACAGUUUGUUGAAAUAUAUGUUGGGGUUGGUGCGUCUCGUGUUCGAGCACUUUACCAAGAAGCAAGGGAAAAUGCUCCAUCUGUUGUCUUCAUUGAUGAACUGGAUGCUGUUGGAAGGGAGCGUGGUUUAAUUAAGGGUUCUGGUGGACAAGAACGUGAUGCUACCCUUAAUCAGCUGCUUGUAAGCUUAGAUGGUUUUGAAGGACGAGGAGAAGUUAUCACUAUUGCUUCCACAAAUAGGCCCGAUAUUCUAGAUCCUGCGCUUGUGAGACCUGGGCGGUUUGAUCGUAAAAUUUUUAUCCCAAAGCCUGGUGUCAUUGGGCGGAUGGAAAUUCUGCAGGUCCAUGCUCGCAAGAAGCCAAUGGCUGAUGAUGUGGACUAUUUGGCUGUUGCUACUAUGACCGAUGGAAUGGUUGGUGCGGAGUUGGCAAAUAUUGUUGAGGUUGCUGCUAUUAAUAUGAUGCGGGAUGGAAGAACUGAGAUCACAACUGAUGACUUGCUACAAGCUGCACAAAUGGAAGAAAGAGGAAUGUUAGAUAGAAAGGAAAGGAGCCCUGAGAUGUGGAAGCAAGUUGCUAUUAAUGAAGCAGCGAUGGCCAUUGUUGCUGUGAACUUUCCUGAUCUUAAGAAUAUUGAGUUCGUUACGAUCGCUCCCAGAGCUGGUAGAGAAUUGGGUUAUGUUCGGAUGAAAAUGGAUCACCUCAAAUUCAAGGAAGGAAUGCUUAGUCGGCAGUCGCUCCUGGAUCAUAUUACUGUUCAACUCGCGCCUCGUGCUGCUGAUGAGAUUUGUUAUGGUGAGGAUAAGCUGAGUACUAUAUGGGCUGAAACAGCAGAUAAUGCUAGGUCAGCAGCACGGACAUUUGUCCUUGGCGGCCUUUCUGAAAAAUAUCAUGGAUCAUCCAACUUCUGGAUUGCUGAUCGAAUAAAUGAUAUUGAUUCGGAGGCGUUGAGGAUUUUGAAUUUGUGUUAUGACCGUGCCAAAGAGAUUUUGCUGCAAAAUCGAACGCUCCUGGAUGCUGUAGUUGAGGAACUUGUUCAGAAGAAAAGUCUGACAAAGCAACAAUUCUCUGACCUAGUCGAGUUGCAUGGCAACCUCAAACCAAUGCCGCCAAGUAUUAUUGACAUCAGGGUCUCUAAACGUGCUCAGUUUCAAGAAAUUAUGCAGAACCAGAAGGAAACAGUUGUGGAAACCAACGUGUGAGGAAGCCGAUCAGAGAACCAUCCAUCAUCGUUAGUUUCUGGAUAGGAGAACAGCAAAUGAGAUGGAGUUCACAUCCCUACCAAGGAACAACCAUUUUUUUUAACCCCAGUGAAGUGAUUCUGCAAUCUUCCGGGUUGUGAUUGUGGCACUAGCGAUGGCUUUAUAUGAUACAAGAGAGAUCAAAAAAGGCUCACAUUGAGAAAGUCCAUCACUCCAACCUUUCAUGUUGUUUACUUCUUAUUUACUUAAUACAAUAUUUUACUUGUAACUUGCAUGUAUGAUUCAUCUACCUAAUAAAUCCAUUUGGGAUUUGAGUUCUUGUCGGGAAUUUUUUCUGUAUACGUUGUUGGAUGUUGGAUGACAAAUUCAUGCUUUGCCCA